GUUUAAACAUUGAUCUGUCAAACUGUGUUCAGACAAUUUGGCUAAAAAUUCCUUGAAAUUGUUAAUUUUCUGCAGAAAAAAUAGAAAAUCUUUCAUCAGUUUCAAGAUAUUGACCAAAUAAAGGAAUAUACAGCAAUUUUAUAUUCUUUCCGACAAGUGGGUUAAGAUAUUCAUCCAGAGAUGAACGACAAAACCGAUGACCUGGAACAAUUGUUCCGAACACAUGAAGAUCGCAUUAAAACCGAACUGUACCAGAUGUCACGCACCUUUGAAUCGUACACACAAUCACACGAUGUUAAUUUGAUGACGCAUUUUUUCGAUUACAUCAGCUAUCGAUUGGUUGCAACGUGCAAAAAGGUUGAGGUGGACUUUUUUACGAAGAUGGACGAACAACCGGUUGAUUCGCCAAAGGCCGAUCCAAGGCCAGACAUGCCGAUUGGAUUCGAUGGAAUGCCGAAGACACCAUCCGUAGUUGGAAUUGAUGAGACUAUCACUCACAUAGGCAAAGAAGAAGAAAACGACGACGAAGAAAACGACGACGGUGAUUGGGAAAUGGAAGAAUUGAAAAUCGUCGAAGAUUAUGACAGUGACAAUGGAAAAAAUGGCUCAUUGAACGCUAGCCAUGAAACAUUGACGAAUAUUAGGGCAGAUGGUGAAAACAUGGAAUUUUUCGGAAAGAACGAAAAAUCACCCGAACAUAAUACGUCUAACUAUAGUGAUUCGACGGUGGAAACUGUGUACAGCACAAAAAUUGAUGACCAGCCAAAUGAAAAUGUGAAGGAAAUGGCCGGUAAUAAGCGACCACACGAAUUUGAUGACAAGAAGGUGAAAAAACUAAAAACCGAUGAUGAGGAAGACAAUGUGGCGCCGGAUGAAGUCAAAAAUGAAUUGGAAGACGGCGAAAUCUCCGAACGGACCAAACCAAAAAACAUCGAUCCAGAUAUCUACCUAACCAAUGCGUCCCACCGCUUCAAGUGUAUGCUUUGUAAAAAUUUGGCGACAAAUCUAAUCGAUCACUACAAAGCAAUUCAUCCCGAAUCGGAAGUGUACGUAUCUCGGCCAUCCCCGAAAAUGGCUGCAAAUAUCCGUCGCCGUACCGAAGCAUUUACAUUCAUGCCGAAGUCCGGACAAAUUACGGGCAUGUGCUUCAUCUGCGAAUUGCCGCGACGAAUGUCAUUUACCGAUUGGAUCGAACAUUUUUUGUACCACACUGGUGAAGUAGAUACACUGCUGAACACAAUUGCCGACGACGGGCAACUAUUUGGGUUCAUGUGUAAUCUCUGCAAUUACAUUCAAAUCGACCGGAAUAAUUUGAAAAAACAUCCAAAGACCGAACAUGAAAAGUCUGGCGAUGAAAUUGAACAUGGUUUCGAAGAAGUUAUCUUGAUACCUGAUCUGACUCCGUUGACAUCACAAACACCGAAGAACAUUGGAUACGUUGAAGAAGCACUUCGAUUUCAAUGUGGGGUCGGUUGGUGUGACCACCAGUCGGAUACGUGCCAUAAUUUUGGGAUCCAUCUCCAGAAACAUCAUGCCGAAAUACAGGAGUCUUUUGGUUGCUUGCAUUGCGGCAAGGUGAUCAGUACGAAUGGGAACUCAUUUUUCGAUGAUGUAACAAAUCAUCUGGAAUUACAUGGUGAACACCUGUUUUCGUGUUUAUAUUGCGAUUCGGACUUUUCGACGGAGCGUGACGUCAUUUUGCACAACAUUUCCGAGCAUCUUUCGAAAAAGAUGGUAUUCCAUCAUCGGCACCGUGAAGGUUCGACCACGGCCGAAACAAUCGAAGAAGUCCAAAUGAUGUUCCAGUGCAACGCAUGUACUGCUGUUUACUACACCAUCGAGGAUGGAAUGAUACAUUUCAAAAAUGCCCACCAGUCGUUGAGCAUCACCUUUACGGUCAAUACAUUGAUUAAAUGUACUACAACUGGAUCAACGACGACCAUAAAGUAUCGCCAAAAUGCACUGCCAUUGUGUCAAUCAUUUGAUUGUUUGUAUUGCGACGAGGGCCACCCUGACCAAGUGUCGCUCAUAAAACAUUUUACGAAAUCGCACCAAAAGAAUUCGCUGAUUUUCAAAUUGGGUAAAUUGUUUCUGAAGAACGUUGAACAAAACCAGACCAAUAAUCAACCCAUUCGAACCGUGUUCUAUUGCUACCAUUGUUAUCAAAAUGAUGGCCGUUUUGUUGGCUACGCCAACUGUCAAGAGGUGUUCAGUCAUUGGUUUUCCACGCACUCGCAACCGUUUCGAUUUAUCACCGCUGAAAACAUCAAGUGCCACUAUUGCGGCGUGAUGGGCACCUAUCACGCUCUGAAAUUGCAUCAAUGCCAAACACACCCCGAACAAACGUUGAUCGUUGUUGAUGUUUUCGGCGCAAAUAAAUGCGGCUUAUGUCAGUACAGCGGUGAAUUGGACGCACAUUUUCAACAACAACAUAAGGUGGCGGCACUGGAUGAGGCCGAGCCAUUUUGUCCGGUGGCAUUGGACGAGGCACGAUUGAAGGAAAUGGUCGAAAUGAAGGGACAAAAGAAACGGAUGUGCGGACACUGUCGUUUGGUAUUUGAAACAAAGGACGAUUUAAAAAUGCAUCAUUAAAUCCAACAUCCAACACUCAAACAGACCUAUGAAAAAUUCUAUGACAACCAUGGUAUGCAUGUUAUGGCUGGUUGUUGCCAAGCAAUAGUCGAAGAAACAGAAUUGUUUACCCAUUUGAAAUUGCAUCCAACACCGUUGAAUUGUACGGUAUGUAAUUUUGAAACAUUUGAUCGAUACGAGUUGACAGCACACAGCGUCAACGAACAUGACAUUGGUAACGAUAUUGGAGCGAUGUUUACCGAAACCAUGCAACAAUUGUACUGGAAAACAAAUGUCGUUUUUGGCAACGGUCUCAUUUUGAACAAACGCAAUUUAAGCGGAACACAGCAUGAUGACACUGAUGCAUUCAAACAAUUUAUCGAAAAAAUCAUUCAAGGGGAAUGAUUACGGCGAUUUUCGAUUUACAAAAAAAAAAACAAUUAUUUUACAUUUUUA